GGAGAAUUAAACCGAGGUAGCCAACGGACCCGGAAGCAAGUGCAAUGGUGCUGGACGGAUCUAGUGAUAAAAUGGACCCAUUCAGUUCGUCAGAGGACGAGGCGGGCGAAGUUGAUACGUCCCCGCUGAAAAUAGACUGGUUAGAACAUGGAAUGUGCGAAGAAAAGCUAGGGAUAAGUGGUCUUCCAGGUUGUAGAUUCAAGGACACUUGGAGGAGCUUGGAAAAUGAUAUCAAGUACCUGGAAAAUGCGGGUGUGACCGACUUGUUUUGUCUUUGUACUAAAGGGGAGCUAAAAAAGUACCGUGUGCCACGCUUUCUGCAGCAGGUUGCAGAGUCAGGCUUGACUGUUCAUCAUUAUGCCUUUCUGGAUGGAUGCACCCCAGAGUUGUCUGCCCUUCUGAAAAUGGUAGAUGAGCUGAAAGUGGCAUUACUGAAUGGGAAGCAACCACUCAUUCACUGUUUUGGAGGCCUUGGCCGGUCAUGUUUGGUGGCUGUAUGCUUACUGAUGGUGAUGGAUGAGGCAUUGACACCUGAUGACGCUAUUGCUAAAGUGCGAGAAUUGAGGGGCCCUGGAGCAAUUCAGAGUGUCAAGCAAUACAACUUUGUGAAUGAGUUCCGUCAGGUUUUGGCCAAACACAACAAAGACAAGGACGAUGAAGAUCGCUCAUUAUCAAGAUAGAAAAUGCUAUUGUUUUAACAGUAUAGCAAAUCCAUUAUAAGGGUGAUAAAGACGGCUCAGUAUCUAGACAGAAAUUAAGAUUAUUUUAAAUAUUUAUUGUCAUUCAUUCUUUUUAAAUGACAUAUUAUUAUGUGACAGCUUAUCGUGUGACAGCCGAUUUUUUUAACACGACUGUUACCAACACUCAUUCAAACAGCACUCAUUCAAACAGAAAAAUAUAUCCAGUAUAUGUGUUUUUUUAGUUGUUGUUGUGGAAGAGAGGAUUAUAUGAGAAAAGAGGAAUAAUUUUAACAUUGAUAAAAAUACUACCAAAUGUACUGUAUAUGUGUCUUUACACACUACUAUAAAUAUGUUCCUCUAAAACGUUCUACCCCAGAUAUUAGUUGGUAACAGGUAUAUUGUGAUGGUUAAGUGUUGUUUGAAGAUGCUUUACACAAACAGUGUUGUAUGUCUGUACAAAAAUGUAACUUGUUCUCAGUACCUGUAAUAAGUAAACUAUGACAAAUGUGCAUGUGUAUAAUACAAAAAUAUAACGCAACAAUAAAA